UAAAUAAUUCGACGAUUUGUUUAAAAAUUCUUAUUUUAAUUAUUAAUUUAUUCAUAUUUUGUAUAGAAUUCAGGAAUUUUUUCAGAGACAGUGAGAGUACAUCUUCGUUCUCGUGUAAUGAUAAACACUUCUUAACUGGGAAAAAUAGAGUUUAUAUAUUUUAUAAAAUAAUUUAAUUAAUUCCUCUAAAAAUUCAAUAUGGCAGUCAAUAUCUUAAAUAGCAGGGCAGAUAGCCUUCAGUCAGUUGCCGCCCUGGCUACUAAUAUACACGCAGCAAAGAGCCUUUUCGAUAUUUUGAAGACCAAUUUGGGCCCUAAAGGAACGUGUAAAAUGUUAGUAAAUGGAGCAGGACAUAUAAAAAUUACCAAGGAUGGUAGCGUAUUAUUGAGUGAAAUGAUGAUACAACAUCCGACGGCGAUGAUUCUCUGCAGAGCAGCCUCAGCAAUGGAUGAAGUUACAGGUGACGGGACCACAAGUAACGUUUUAUUCUCAACAAGUCUGAUGAAAAAUGCCGAAGAGUAUAUUUUGUACCAGAACGUACACCCGAAAUAUUUGUGUGAUGGUUUUGACCUAAGCCUAAAGAAACUUGCAGAUAUUCUACCCACACUUGCCGUCCCAAUAUAUAAUACCACAGGAACUAAUGGUGAUAAUCACUUGGAAUCAGGAGAAAUUGAUUGGGAAUUGAUGGGUAACAUAGUGAAAACAUCAAUAUGUACAAAAUUACCAUAUAAACUUGCUUUGCAUAUUUCAGAACAAGUACUCGAGUCUGUGAAAAUAAUAUAUGAACCAGGAAAACAACUUGACCUCUUCAUGGUGGAAGUGUUACAUAUGAAGCAUCGUUUUGCCUCAGAAACCAAGUUAAUCAGAGGAAUGGUCAUGGACCAUGGUACCCGUCACCCUGACAUGCCCAAAAAGGUCACAAAGGCCUUUAUUUUAACACUAAACUGCAGUUUGGAAUAUGAAAAAUCUGAGGUUAACUCUGGAUUCUUCUAUGAUUCAGCCGAGAAGAGGGAGGCACUUGUUAAGUCUGAACGUGAGUUUACUGAUGAAAAGGUUAGAAAAAUAAUCGAGUUGAAACAAAAGGUCUGUUCAGAAAAUGGUCACAGCUUCUGCGUCUUCAACCAGAAGGGAAUAGACCCAAUGGCCUUGGACAUGAUGGCCAAGGAAGGAAUAAUGGCUCUCCGCAGGGUUAAGAGACGUAACAUGGAACGUCUUACACUUUGCUGCGGAGGAAAUCCCUGUAAUUCAGUAGAAGACCUUAAACCAGAAGAUUUAGGAUAUGCAGAUAUCGUAUACGAAGUAGUAGUUGGAGAAGAAAAAUACACCUUUGUUGAGGGAGUGAAAGACCCAAAAAGUUGUACACUCUUAAUCAAAGGCAGUAGUGAUUACAGUAUAAGCCAAAUUAAAGACUCAAUUAGGGAUGGCCUUAGAGUAGUUAAAAACGCAAUCGAAGAUAAGAAAGUACUUCCAGGAGCCGGAGCUCCAGAAUUAAUCCUCUACAAUCAUCUUAUGGAAUAUUCUAAGGAAGUUAGAGGAAAGGCAAAAUAUGGAGUAAUGGUCUUUGCAGAAAGUUUACUCGUAUUACCGAAAGUAUUAGCAGAUAACGCAGGAUUAGAUGGAAAGGAAGUGGUGUUGGAAGUCUUGGACCAGAUAAGGGAAUCAGGAAGAACACUAGGACUAGAUCUAGAGACCGGGAAGUACCUAGUUCCCUCAAUAGAUGGAGUCUGGGAUAACUACAGCGUUAAGCUCCAGACUUUUACCAUCGCAACCACAGUAGCGGAACAAUUAUUACUGGUCGAUGAAGUAAUAAAGGCUGGAAGGUCUAUGCAUAACGCUCCUUCGUAAUAUUAAAGUUACAAAUUUAAUGUAAUAAGUGUAGUAUUA